GGAUCUGAUUGGAGAAAAAAAGAGACAGCUAAUUAUUCUGGGAUCCAGAUGGACAGAGAGCACAAAGGGAAUGGCCGGGCACUCGGAAGGCAAGUACUGCUUCUGUCUUUGUUGUCUUUCUGCAGCUGGGCUGCCUCAGAGCAGAUUCAGUAUUCCAUACCCGAAGAGAUGCCAAAGGGUUCUCUUGUGGGGAAUCUCGCCCAGGAUUUGGGUCUGAGUGCUAGAGAACUAGCGCAGCGCAAUCUACAUGCUGUGUCUGUGGAUGGUAUGCAAUAUUUCACUAUCAGUGCAAAGAAUGGAAAACUCUAUGUAAAUGACAGAAUAGACAAGGAAGGGAUUUGUGACACGACUACGCUUUGCCUUGUUAAUUUUGAGGCAGUGGUUGAAAACCCCCUGAAUAUUUUCCAUAUAACUGUAGUGAUUGAAGACAUUAAUGAUAAUGCACCAUUUUUUGCAAAUGAAAAUAUGAAGUUGGAAAUCAUUGAAUCCAGUUUACCAGGCACAAGGUUUCUUCUUGAGAAAGCUGAAGAUCCUGACAUUGGUACAAAUUCUCUCCAGAAUUACCAGAUCAACCCCAACCAGUACUUCACUGUAGAAGUUAAAGAGAGUAAGGAUGGAGAAAAAUUUGCAGAUUUAGUACUGCAGAAACCAUUAGAUCGGGAAAGGGAACAGUAUUUGCAGUUGACCCUUGUCGCCAUAGAUGGCGGAGCACCAAGAAAAACUGGUACUGCACAGAUACAGAUUAAUGUCACUGACACUAAUGACAAUUUCCCCAUCUUCUCUCAAGAACUUUACAAGGUAACUUUGAGGGAAAAUGUUCCUGUUGGUUCAUUUGUGCUCCAGAUUGUGGCCUCUGAUGAUGAUGAAGGUGCCAAUGCCCAGAUCACGUACCAAUUCAGGAACAUACCAAUGAAUGCCCAGCAGAAAUUCAGCUUGGAUCCAGUCAAUGGCACAGUAACUCUAAAAGGACCAUUGGACUUUGAAGAAACAAAAGAAUAUAGUAUGCGAGUAGCUGCAAAAGAUGGAGGAGGACUGGUGAACCACUGCAACAUUGAAAUAAGGGUUCUUGAUGAGAAUGACAACUCCCCAGAGGUGACUAUCAUUUCCCUGUUUAGCCCAGUCCCUGAAGAUUCUCUUUCUGGAACAUUAAUUGCCUUGAUCAAUGUAAAAGACAAGGAUACAGGGGACAAUGGAAAAGUUUCAUGCAAUUUACAAAAGCAUUUACCCUUCAAGAUUAUUCCCUCUUCUAAUAAUUACUAUAAACUGCAGACAGACAGUCCUUUAGACCGAGAAAAACAUUCUGACUACAACAUUACAAUCACAGCCACUGACCAAGGGACACCUCCACUUUCCACAGAGAAAACCAUCUCACUAUUUAUUUCAGAUAUCAAUGACAAUUCCCCUGCUUUUGAGAAAAUGCCCUAUACCUUCUAUGUGUCAGAAAAUAAUCCUUCUGGAACUUCUAUAUUCAGUGUGAAAGCCUUGGACCCAGAUAUGGACCAAAACUCACAAAUCACAUAUUCCAUUCUCCAUAGCAACAUCAAAGAGCUCCCCAUCUCUUCAUAUAUCUCCAUUAACUCUGAGACUGGAGCUCUGUAUGCCCAGAGGUCCUUUGACUAUGAACAGUUCCAAGAGUUCCAGCUUCAAGUGAAGGCCCAAGAUGGUGGUUCUCCCCCUCUUAGCAGCAAUGUCACCGUGAGGGUGUUCAUUCUGGAUCUUAAUGACAACAGCCCCCGGAUCCUGUCCCCUUCACAAGAAGCCAAGGGCUCGGCCUUGUUUGAGAUGGUACCACGUUCGGCUGAGGAAGGGUAUCUGGUAACUAAGGUGGUGGCUGUGGAUGCUGAUUCUGGACACAACGCCUGGCUUUCCUACCAUGUCAUUCAAGCCACUGAACCAGGAUUCUUCACUGUUGGUUCUCACACUGGUGAGAUCAGGACAUCAAGGGUGUUUUUGGAGAAAGAUGCCACAAAACAGAAACUGGUCAUUUUGGUGAAGGAUAACGGGCAGCCGUCUCUCUCAGCCACUGUGACGCUGAACCUUGUGUUUGCUGAGAACUUCCAGGAGGCCCUUCCUGAAAUGAAAAAUCAGUCCAGCAGCCCUGACUAUCAGUCUGAUCUGCAGUUCUACCUGGUGCUGGCCUUGGCUUUGAUGUCAUUCUUGUUCCUCUUGACGGUGAUUCUGGCCAUUCUGAUGAAGCUUCGAAAAUCAGGGAAUCCCAAAUUUCUCGAGUGCUUUGCUCCUAUUCCCCAUUCAAAUGCUGGUGCCAUCUUCCCCCCAAAUUUUGAAGAUGGGACUUUGCCUUAUUCCUACCAGCUAUGUCUGUCCUCAGAAUCCAGGAAAAAUGAGUUCACUUUUCUGACCCCCAAUAUUCAGAUUACAGACAAUAUUCUUUGCAACAACACAUCAGGUGUUCCUAUCCUUGGCCAUGGAGAUAACACCACAGAUAAAGGCAAUCCUCCUCUUUCUACACUCAAGACCAUUUCAGUGCAGAUCUCCGAUAUCAACGAUAACCAUCCAGCCUUUGAAAAGCAUUCCUAUACCGCCUAUGUGCCAGAAAACAACCCCUCUGGAGCCUCCAUUUUCAGGGUCAAAGCCUCUGACCGAGAUCUGGAUCGCAAUGCACAAAUCACUUACUCCAUCCUCAAGAGCAACAUUGAGGACCUGCCUCUCUCCUCUUAUGUCUCCAUUAAUUCUGAGACAGGAAUUAUUUAUGCACAGCGCUCCUUUGACUAUGAACAAUUCAGGGAGUUCCAACUUCAAGUGAAGGCCCAAGAUGGAGGGUCUUCUCCUCUCAGCAGCAAUGUCACAGUGAAAGUGUUUGUUAUGGACAAGAAUGACAACAGCCCUCAGAUUCUCUACCCUUCCAAUGGAGUGGAAGGCUCAGCCUUGUUUGAGAUGAUACCUCGUUCAGCUGAUGCAGAUUAUCUGGUGACCAAGGUGGUAGCAGUGGAUGCUGACUCUGGACACAAUGCCUGGCUCUCCUACCACCUGCUUCAGGCCACUGAGCCAGGGCUCUUCACAAUUGGACACCACACUGGUGAGAUCAGGACAUCCCGAACUUUUUUGGAAAGAGAUGCUGUGAAGCAGAGGGUGAUCAUCUUAGUGAAGGAUAAUGGACACCCAUCGCUAUCUGCUACGGUGACACUGAAUCUGGUGUUUGCCGAGAACUUCCAGGAGGCCCUUCCAGAAAUGAAAAACCAGUCCAGCGGCCCUGACUAUCAGUCUGAUCUGCAGUUCUACCUGGUGCUGGCCUUGACUUUGAUCUCCUUCUUGUUCCUCUUGACGGUGAUUCUGGCCAUUCUGAUGAAGCUUCGAAAAUCAGGGAAUCCAAAAUUCCUACAGUGCUUUGGUCCCAUCCCCCAUUCAAACAACGGUAUCAUAUUUCCACCCAAUUAUGAAGAGGGGACACUGCCUUACUCUUAUCAGCUUUGCUUAUCAUCUGAAUCCCGGAUUCAGGAAUACGCCUUUCCAACAACCAGUGUUCAAACAGCAGAGAACAUUUCUUUUAAGAAUCAAUCUGAGGCAGUUUUGACAGCUAUUGAGGGAAAUAGCCUCAAUUGUGAGAUGGAUAAAUCUGAUAUGAUUAUGGCUGUUCUGUACAGAAGAACUGUAGUAAACCUUUUCUAUUUAAAACAUUUGGUACCAGACCUGUGCUUCUGGUUAAUCUGUAGUUCUAACUUGACUAUUGAUUAUCAGGGAUGCUGGGCUGCUUCAGAGCAGAUUCAGUAUUCCAUUCCGGAAGAGAUGCCAAAGGGUUUUCUUGUGGGGAAUCUCGCCCAGGAUUUGGGACUGAGUGCCAGAGAACUAGCACUACGCAAUCUACAUGUUGUGUCUGUGGAUCAUAUGCAAUAUUUCACCAUUAGUGCAGAGAAUGGAAAACUCUAUGUAAAUGACAGAAUAGACAGGGAAGGGAUUUGUGACACAACUUCAAAUUGCCUUGUUAAUUUUGAGGCAGUGGUUGAAAACCCCCUGAAUAUUUUCCAUAUAACUGUAGUGAUUGAAGACAUUAAUGAUAAUGCACCAUAUUUUGCAAAUGAAAACAUUAAGUUGGAAAUCAUUGAAUCUAGUUUACCAGGCACGAGGUUUCUUCUUGAGAAAGCUGAAGAUCCUGACAUUGGUAUGAAUUCUCUCCAGAAUUACCAGAUCAACCCCAACCCAUACUUCACUGUAGAAGUUAAAGAGAGUAAGGACGGGGGGAAAAUUGCAGAUUUAGUACUGCUGAAAUCAUUAGAUCGUGAAAGGGAACAGUCUUUCCAAUUGACCCUUGAAGCUAUAGAUGGUGGAGAACAAAGAAAAACUGGUAACGCCCAAAUACAGAUUAAUGUCACUGAUGUUAAUGACAAUUUCCCUGUCUUCUCUCAAGAACUUUACAAGACAACUUUGAGGGAAAAUGUUCCUCUUGGUUCAUUUGUGCUCCAAAUUGUGGCCUAUGAUGAUGAUGAAGGUGCAAAUGCCCAGAUCAUGUACCAAUUCAGGAACAUACCAAUGAAUGGCCACCAGAAAUUCAGCUUGGAUCCAGUCAAUGGCACAGUAACUCUAAAAGGGCCGUUGGACUUUGAAGAAACAAGAGAAUAUACCAUGACCAUAGCAGCAAAAGAUGGAGGAGGAUUAGUGACACACUGCAACAUUGAAAUAAGGGUUCUUGAUGAGAAUGACAACUCCCCAGAGGUGACCCUGGUUUCCUUGUUCAGCCCAGUUCCAGAGGAUUCAUUACCAGGAAUUUUGAUAGCUCUGAUCAAUGUAAAUGACAAAGAUACAGGUGAUAAUGGAAAGGUUACUUGCAGUUUACAAGAUCAUUUGCCAUUCAAGAUUCUGGCUUCUUCUAAUAAUUACUACAAGCUCCAAACUGACAGUCCCUUAGACCGAGAAAAAAAUUCUGAAUAUAAUAUUACAAUCAGUGCUACUGACCAAGGGACACCUCCACUCUCCACACAUAAAACCAUCUCACUACUUGUUUCAGAUAUCAAUGACAAUGCCCCUUCUUUUGAGAAAUCUUCCUACACCAUCUAUGUGCCAGAAAACAAUCCUUCAGGAGCUUCAAUAUUCACUGUCAAAGCCUUGGACCCAGACGUGGAUCAAAACUCACGAAUCACAUAUUCCAUCCUCCACAGUAACAUCAAGGAGCUCCCCAUCUCUUCAUAUAUUUCCAUUAACUCUGAGACGGGAGCUCUCUAUGCCCAGAGGUCCUUUGACUAUGAACAGUUCAGAGAGUUCCAGCUUCAAGUGAAGGCCCAAGAUGGUGGUUCUCCCCCUCUCAGCAGCAAUGUCACCGUGAGGGUGUUCAUUCUGGAUCGGAAUGACAACAGCCCCCGGAUCCUGUCCCCUUCACAAGAAGCCAAGGGGUCAGCCCUGUUUGAGAUGGUACCUCGUUCAUCUGAGGCAGGAUAUCUGGUAACAAAGGUGGUGCCCGUGGAUGCUGAUUCUGGACACAACGCCUGGCUUUCCUACCAUGUCAUUCAAGCCACUGAACCGGGAUUCUUCACUGUUGGUUCUCACACUGGUGAGAUCAGGACAUCAAGGGCCUUUGUGGAGAAAGAUGCCACAAAACAAAAACUGGUCAUUUUGGUGAAGGAUAAUGGGCAGCUGUCUCUCUCGGCCACCGUGACGCUGAACCUGGUGUUUGCUGAGAACUUCCAGGAGGCCCUUCCAGAAAUGAAAGACCAGUCCAGCAUCCCUGACUAUCAGUCUGAUCUGCAGUUCUACCUGGUGAUGGCCUUGGCUUUGAUGUCAUUCUUGUUCCUUUUGACAGUUAUUCUCGCCAUUUUGAUGAAGCUUCGAAAAUCAGGGAACCCCAAAUUCCUGCAGUGCUUUGCUCCUGUUCCCCAUUCAAAGGCUGGUGCCAUCUUCCCCCCAAACUUUGAAGAUGGGACUUUGCCUUAUUCCUACCAGUUGUGUUUGUCUUCAGAAUCCAGGAAGAAUGAGUUCACUUUUCUGACUCCCAAUAUUCAGAUUACAGACAAUAUUCUUUGCAACAAUACGUCUGGUGUUCCUAUCCUUGGCAAUGAAGAUAACAGUUUAAAUUCUGAGAUGGAAAGUACUGACAAGAGUGUCACUGUUGGCCAAUAUAGCUUCAGUGUAGGAGCUGGGAAUCCACUGAAUGAUGCUUCCAGCAGUGUGGCUGCUCGUUCUCAGAGUGCAGAUCAGGAAAACAACAGUCAACAGAGACGUGAAAGCCUUAAGAAAAAGAAAACAUUGCAACAUACAUAA